UAUAUUAUAUUUCUUCCGAUAAAAAUAAUAGAACCUCACAUUGUUUGCUUCGCGAAUAAUUGGACCUUGUCGUUGAGACGUAUUCCGUAUCGCCAUUAACCUAAUUAAGUUAGUUCUUGGCUAUUUUCGUCGCUUUAUUUCUACCGUUACCAGUGUCCUUAUAAACAUAUGCAUCUAUAAAUCUACGUCAAUAUAUGUAGCUAUACAUUCUCGACCUGCAUCAAAGACUGUCACGACACAGUGUCCAUUUUUGUCCUUCUUCGUAAUAUACAGAGUAAACAGGUACCGGUUACCUUAGCGCGACGAUGAAAAACAAAGAAGUGCUGUUAUCGUUAUUGCGCCCAAUGUGUGCACAGUUUGCCGGAAUCGAAAAAUUAUUACUCGCUUCUGCAACGAUGAAACGGGAAACGCGGUUUCAAGUGUCGCGUAGACCGGCAUUUUUCUCGUAGUUCUUCGCGCGCAUUUUACGACGAACCCACGAACACGCGAUACCGAUCCUCGUUCGCUCGAAAAUUUACGGUCACCGUGGACAAAUUUCAACGCGAGUUAAAUACGACUGUUCGUCGAAAAAAAUUCAAUCGUUGUCUUUUUAUUACGAUUUUUUAUCAACCAUCCGCCAUCUUGGCCCUUCGAUUAAUCUCUCCGGUCGCAGAUUUUUUCGCACCGUACCCGUUCCGAUCUGUUCCAGCCGAUUUGACUCGAGUGCAAACCGCUUAAUGAAAACACGACGCACAGCUCGAACAAUGGUCGCGAGUCAAUCAAAUCGCAAUCUUGAUCGCUGAUACUCUUUCCGUGUACGUUGUAAUUUCACGUGUAAAGCGUAGCAAGUGUCGCGAGAUCGUAUCGGGAUAACACAUUCAUUUUCUUCGCCUUCAUUUCUGCAACGAUACACGCGAACGUUUUUAAUGAAUCGUACACAACGUCUUUUCGCAACGAACGACACUCACCAAGACGACGAUGGCGAGGUAUUUUUUUGGGACCCGCUGUCCUCGAAAAAUCGAAACACGAAGAAUCAGAACCACGAACGACAACUGCAAGAACAGUUGGCGCAAGCCACCAUGAAGAUACGCGACUUGGAAACCGAAUUGAAAUGUUUUCAAAAGGACGAGCCCACCGAAGGACAUCAGAAAGUAGAGUUCUUGAGGGCCAAGCAGGACAUGGUGAAUCGAAUAAUACAAAUGGAAGAGAAGAACCGAGAGGCGGAAAGGAACACGAAACGCAUGCAAUUGGAUGAAAUGGCCUUGAUCAACGACUUCCGUACCGUGCUGUCCAAAUUAAAUUCCCUCGAGAAGCUAGACCUGGUCAGGAACGCGUUGAAAGCUUUGGAGACCGAGAACGAGAAGUACGGCGACCUCCACAAGCGACACGAUGGCUUCAUCGAGGCUUCCAACAACAGAGAAUCGGAACUGUACAAGAAAAUCGAGGAGCUUCAGGAAGAAAAUAAAAGAUUGUUCUCGAGCGUCGAGCAAUUGGAUCAGCAGCACGAGGAGUCGAUAGAGAAGCUGCUGUCUCUGAAGGAGGAGAUCGAGAAAAAGCACCAGUGCCUUCAGAACGCGUACGAGCAGCUUUACGUGGACUACAACCAGGCUCAGGAUAAGGUCGUCCAGUUGGAAGAUAGGCUCACGAGCACCGUGAAUCGCGUCCAGGUCGAGACUGUGUCUCUUCCUGUGCAGACUGCACGCGUGGCGAUCGAGGACAGGCUCGUUCAAACCGAUGUUCCUGAAACGAACGAAGAGAGGAACGAUAAGAACGAUAUCGACGUGGUGACCGCGAGGGUACAGGAGAUUUUGAAGAACACUUUCGUGGAAACGGAGCCCGGCGUGUCGAUCUUCGAGGCUGUCGCGAAGCAAUACGUGGACGCGAAAUGGAAAAGGGACGUUUUGGAGAAAACGGUGAUGGAGCUGAACCGAAAACUGAAGGAGGCCGUGGAGGCGAAGGACUAUUUGCAAGACGCCUGCUACGAUAUGCAGAUACACAACGACUCGCUAUUACUGGAGAUUCAGGAUUUAAAAUUGAAUUUACCGUCCAUACCGGAGGCGAGCGAGGAACGCGUCGCCUGGCUGGAGUCGGAAACGGAAUCACUGCACGAGCAGGUGAAGCGGCUUCAAACGAAGAACACCGCGCUGAGAAGGGAAAAUGCAAAGCUGGGUGGAGGCGGUAUGAUCGAAAUACGAUUAGAGAAUCAAGGGCAUCAAGGAACUGCGUCUAAAAAUAGAAAGCUAACUAGAUUAGAAGACAUACCGGAAGGUGUCGAGGAGACGGACAGCGCGGUGGAGAAUCUGAAUAACAGGUUGCACACAACGUUGGAUGAGAAUGACGAGCUACGAAGGAAGAUCGAUGUGCUGGAGAACACGGGGAAGGAAACGCAAGAGCAGCUUAGAAUGUCGUUGGAGAAGUGUAAAGGAUUGGACGAGAACAUCGAGUUCAUCGAGGAGCUGAAACUCGAACUCGAAAACGUGAAACGGGAACUGAAGACGUCGAUAGCGAAUAGGAAACAGUUGGAAAAUAGUUUGGCGCUUUUGCAGGAAACGAAAGAUGGAGUGCAAAAGGAGAACGAGGAAUUGUAUCAGAGAAUCAAGCAGCUGGAGAUGGGAGCGUCGAAGUGGUCUGAAAUAAAUUUGGAAAGGGAAAAUAACGUGUUGCAGGAGCUGCAGGAACAGCUUGGCAGAGUCAACCGCGAGAAAGACGAUUUGGAAUAUGAUAUAUUGAAUAUGCGGAAAGAAUUGGACGAGGCGUUUAAUCAGAUAGAUACGAAGGAAAGUCAUAUAACGAAAUUAAAUCAAGAUAAUGAAAAUUUAAUGAAGGAAAAGAAUUCGUUGUUGGAGCAAUUAACUGCCAUUCAGGAUGAGUCCAAUGAUAAGAUAGACUUGGUAAAUACAGAGAAAUCUUUGCUCGAACAAGAACAGAUAGAAUUGAAAGAGAUAGAGGCAAACAAGGAGAAAGAAUUAAGUGAACUUAAGGAACAAUUACGCGAGUCGGAAGGAAGAUACACAAAAUUAGAGAACGAGUUCUCGUCUGUAAAUGUGAAAGCUGAGCAACUUCGGCUGCAGAAUGAAAAUCUUCAGAACAAAGUGAUAAAACAGGAAGAACUAAAGAAUGAAUUGGAUCGUACAAAAUUAACUAUUGAAAGGCUAAAUUCCAUAGAGAACGAUUAUAGUAAAUUAGUAAAAGAAGUGGAAACGUUACGCGAGAAGGAGAAAGCACUAAUAGCUUUACAGGAACAUUUCGCUAAAUUAAUGGAGGAAAAUAAAAGUUUAAUUAGUCUGAACGAAUCGAUUCAAGAUAAGCUUAUGCAAACGCAGAACAGGGAACUGGUAAAUCAUCCAAACGGAAAUAACUGUGAUAAUGAGAAACAACAGAUUAUAGACCUGUUAGAAGAAAAGACGCGAGAAAACGAUGCCUUGAAAAUUAAUAACGACAAACUAAUGGCGGAAAUCAUAGAAUCGCAAAAGAAAUUACAAAGUAUCAUUGAGAGUAACAAGGAAUCGACCGAUAUGGCGAAGCAGACGAUAGAAAGUUUAUCCCAUCUUGUUAGUAAGAAGGAUGAAGAAAUUAAUAAUUUAAAAGCAACGCUGGACCUUGCCAAAAGUAAUGCAGAAAUGUCAGACAACUUCGCGACUAUAAAGAACGAAAGGGACGAACUCGUAAAACUUGUUACUGUCAAGCACAACGAGAGCUUACAGUAUCAUGGUGAAAUUCAAAGGCUGACGCAACUCUUGACAGAGCAAGCGUCGAAAAUCCAAAAUUUGGUAUCGGAGAAAGAAAUAGAUUUAUCUCGAUUGACGGAAACGAACGCGGAACUUUUGUGGGCGAAGAACGAAUUGCAGGUAGCUCAACAGCGUUUGAAACACACCGAAAAUAGUGUCGCCAAUGAAACCUGCGGAAUCGUCGAGCAUUCCAAGCAGAUAGCAGAAAUCGCGCUCCUUAACGAAAAGUGUAACGCGUUGGAGGCAAGUUUAAUUCAGGAGCAAUCUAAUAACAGGAUGCUGCAGCAUCAGUUUACCGAAAGCCAAAAUAAAGAGGCGAAUGCUGCAAAGGAAUUGGAAAGGCUACGAACGCAUUUGGUUGAAAUAGAGUCCACUUACACGGAGGAAGCUCUGAUCGCCGAAGAGACGCGGAACGAAUUAGAAGCAAAAUUGCUGCAGGCUGAAGAAAAAGUAAAAUCUAGCUCCACCGCUUAUACGUCGGCUAAUAUUAGAGCGAAUCAACAGGUGGAAACUUUGCAACAACAAAUAACACUGAUAAUUCAACAAAGAGAUGAAAUACAAAACAAGUUGUCCACUGCUGAAGACACGAUAUUAUCGCAAGCUGCAUCUCUAACUAAUCUGCAGUUUGUUUUAGAACAGUUUCAACGAGAUAAGGAAAGAGACAUCAAAGCAGCAAUGGAAAGACUUCAAGCUAAGCUAAACGAUUCGUAUAAGAAACAAGAAGAGCUAGUCAAUGAUGUUACCAGUCUGAAGGAGCAAUUAGCUGAAGCUAAAGAAUGCUUGCAAGCGGCGUCCAGAUUAAGCGAACAACUUGAUAAAAAGACAGAACGAAUCGAGCAACUGAACCAAGAAGUGGACCGAUUGACGAAUCUUGUAAAUACCGCUAAUCACAGAAUAGAAGAAGCGAAAGAAAGCGAAGAGGGACAAAUCGAUAAAACUCUCGUUAAAAAUCUUUUCUUGAGUUACCUGUCGUCAUCGGCAGCGGACAAAUCUUCGGUGCUCAGAGUGUUCUCUACAAUUUUGGAGUUCAGUGAUGUAGAAAAAGAAAAAGUUGGUUUGAGCAACGCGACCACGCAAAAUAGUUGGUUCCCGCGUUUAAGUAGCGGGUCUACCGUAGUUAAUAAGGAUCAAGAUACAUCCCUAUCAGCCGCGUUCGUAAGGUUCCUGGAAAGUGAAUCAAAACCUAAACCACAAUUACCUGCACUACCAAUUCAAACAUCGUCUUUACCAAGACCUGGCCACAGUAGACAACAUUCAACAUCAUCGACCCAAUCUACUUUACUACUUUCUAAUGUAAAUCUUCCAACAUUCCCGGACUUUGUUCCAGCCAGAAAUACGGGUUCUAUUUUAAAAGAAGUGCUGAAGGAUAGCUGAUAUUAAAACUUCCAAUAUAAUUUGUGCUUUGUAAAUCUCCAGACUAUAAUGAAAAGGAACGUUUAAAGAAUAAUUUAAAUACCGAAUUUUAUUGAAUAAGAACGUAAAAAUACGAUUAAAAAAUAAAAACAAAUUCGUUGUGUUUCUCUAGAAGAAAAAAGAUAUAAUAUAUACCGACAAAUUAUUGGCAGUAACAAUCGUUCCCAGAAUUAGAAUGACACAUUAUUUUUUUAAAAUUGAUUUUUGUGUAUAAGACGGUAACCUGAAUUUAAAAAAUCUUAUUUUAAUAUGUUGCGAUGGUUAUAAUACAAAUAUUUAAUCUUUAUUUAAAAACUCAAUUUUUCUUGCUGACAAUAAUCUUGUAAUAUAGUAGUCCUCGUAUAAAAUUUCUGUCAAUUUGAAAAAUAAUCUACGACUAUACUGGUUUAAUCAGAAACAUUAACAUCAAAUAUGUUACCUAAAAUCACAACGAAUGAAAUAGUAAAUCAUUGUGGGGUCCAUCGCUUCCCGUAUUCGCUUUUCCUCUCGCAAGCACUCGACCGACUCCCAAUAUUCCGGCAUUUAAGACAGGGUCUGCUAGGGCUAGGAUGCCUUAUGCUUGCCUUAUACGCUUCCCUAUCCUUAAAUUUCCAUCUCUUUCACAGGACCCCCAAAAAUAACGUGUAUUUACAGUAUUAAAUAUUUGUAUCCAUAUUUUGUGCUACACAUUCAAGUAUCUUUCAGUUUACUUAUGAAAUUAAAAUGUCACAGAUUUAAUAUAAUCUAACUUUAAAUUUAUACACAGUAAAAUGCAGGCUGUAUUUAUAUUCUUGUAGUCUUAAAUGUUAUAAUACUCUGUAAGGUAACAUUGUUAAGCUAGGUCUUUUAGUUUUGCAUCAAAUGUAUAUAAAACAAAUAAUGUAACUGAAAAUAGACACGAAAUGGUGGGCUAGCAAUAAAUAUGUAACAAAUUUACAAUUAAAUGUUGUAAGUGCUUCCAUUGUAUAAACUAUAAUUUUUCAUGCGAAUUUCAAAUACAUGCAGUCUUUUCAUCUAUAGAUUUAUAGAUAUGGGCAUUCACUAAAAUAUAUAAUAUAUAAAUACAGGUCUCUUACUGUAAAAUUUUGCUUUCUUUUUAUAGAAUUUCCAUUAAGGUGGCAAUCUUUGUUAUAUGAACUUAACAUUACUAAAAAUUACCAAAUAUUAGCUCUCUUUGUUCUCUAAAUUUAUUUUUGGGCAAAAUUUAACAGUUUCAAAUCCAAAAAUUACACAAUUUCU